AUGUCGCUCUUCUCACUCCUCAACCCCGCCAACAUAAUCCCCCGUUUCCCGCCCUAUCCCGGCCCCUACGCCGUCGGUUCCUUCGAGCUCGAGAUCCCCGUGGCGUCGCUGGGCGGCAUGGCCGGCGUCGCAGAGACCGUCCAGUUUCGUGUAUUCUAUCCGACGGAGAAGCCGGUUGAGAUACCGAUAUCGGCGCAGCCGGCGAGCAGCUGGUGGGGCAGCAAGUGCGAUAAGAAGACCGCCGCCGCCACCGCCACCGCCGCGGUGGACCCAGCACAGGAGGAGAAGCUCUCAGAGGCAGUGAACCAAACGACGGCGACGGGGGGUGCGAAGCCAGUGAGAUGGCUGCCGGAGCCGCAUCAGAGGGAGUAUCUGAGCGCCUAUGUACGCUUCCUCGGCGCCAGCUCCGGGUUUGCAGAGAUUGUGUCAUACGGCGGCCGCCUCCUCCACUACAUCACCCUCCCCGUCACCGCCGAUGCCCCGCUGCUCCCGAAACCACUCGACCACCGCUUCCCAACCAUGAUCUUCUCCCACGGCCUCGGCGGCACGCGCCUCGCCUACUCCCACAUCUGCGGGUCAAUGGCCUCGUACGGCAUCGUGGUCGUGGCGCCCGAACACCGCGACGGCAGCGCCCCCGUCAGCUUCGUCAAGUCGUCGUCGCCAGACUCGCCCGAGACCGAGAUUUCCGGCAGCAAGCCUGAAAGCGGCGAGCCGGGGAUUGACGAUACCGCAAACACUCCUCCGCAGAAGGAUGCGAAUGGUAGGGCUCAGGUGGACUACAUAACGCACCCGCACCACCCCUCGGAAGAGACCGCGGCCGGGCGUAACGCGCAGCUCGAGAUCCGUAUGCACGAGGUAAGCCUGAUAUACACGGCGCUGUGCAAGCUUGACCGUGGCAUUCUGCCCGCAAACAGCAGCAUCUCCACCCCCGGCGAGGCCGGAAAGGACCUUCUCAGCACGUUUAAAGACCGCCUCGACAUCCGCACGCCCGGCCGCCUCAUCUGGGCCGGCCACUCCUUCGGCGCAUCAACAAUGUUCCAAAUGAUCAAGACCGUCGCCACCCCGCCCUCCACCAACCCAGACUUUGCACCUCUCUUCACCCCACCGCCCUCCGACGACGAUGUGCUUCCGCUAAAGGCCCAGAUCACUGCGGACUCGCCCCUCAUGCUGUUGGAUCUCUGGUGUCUGCCGCUGCUUGGAAAGCGCACCAGCGCCCUCUUCAAGCACCCACUCCCGCAGAUCGCCGCAGACAAGGGCCGCAACGUCCUCGCCGUCAUGUCGGAGGAGUUCUGGAAAUGGAAAGAGAACCUCAACGGCGUGCGCCGUGUGCUCUCGCACGAUCCUGGCCGCAAGCGUGGGACAGAGCACCAUAAGUGGUUCGAGCAGUGGGACGAACACCACGAGUCGCUCGCGUCGCUGGAGUCGGCGCAGUUGGAGGUUGGAGGCCAGAUUGUGGCGCCGCAGGGAGUGACGCCGACGCCGACGAGGCCGGCGAGUGUGGCAGGGAGGGAGCAGCCGAGGUUCUUUUAUGCGCUGAAGAGUGCACAUUUGUCGCAGAGUGAUUUUGGCGUGCUGUUUCCGAGGGCGAUUAGAAAGGCGGAGGAGCCUGAGAGGAUAUUGGAGCUGAAUGUGAGGGCGGCGGUGCAGUGGUUGAGGGAUGCGGGGUAUGCGGGGGUGUUGGGUGGGUAUGAGGGUGAGGUGGGUGGAGAUGAAGCGAUUUUUGAGGGGGAGGUGGAGGGGUGGGCGAGGAUUGGGUUGGAGGAGGUGGAGGCAGCGGUGGAGGGUACAGGAGGGAGUGGUGGAGGGGAAGGACUAGAAGGAGAAGAAGGUAUUGUAGAACGGGUGGCCGAGUGA